AAGCUGCUUCUUCUUUCCAACUCUUUCACCUGCACCAACAGAAGAAAGAAUGGAGUCGCUUAUCAAGUCCCAGCACGCUCAGCAACUUGCGGGUCACAACAGUUCGACCGGUAAAAACCAUUCCACGGACAUGAUACCGGCGACGGGACUGGCCAUGUCAUCAGACGAAAACAUGAUGCUGAAACUGAUCCAACAAACUCACUCCCCAGAUGCUCGCGAAGUCCAAGUGCGUGGCCUUCUCUCUCUCGUUGAGGAUAUUCUCGAUCGUGCCACUCUUGACUCUGAAGACACCAACGCCUCCAUGCUUCCAUUGCCCACUGAGGAUAAACUGAUGCAGUCGAGCAUGAUGAGCGUUCUAGAUAGUGUCUCCUAUGCUAUUGAUCGCGUUGCCUGCGAGAUAGCUUACAAAUCUCUGACGGGGUCAGACGCGCACGAGAUCACAAUGUCUGUGUUCGAGCACCUCUCGAGCUUCCACUGGGACGGCAAACUCGUCCUGACUCUAGCGGCGUUUGCGUUGAACUACGGAGAGUUCUGGCUUCUUGUCCAGUUCUACUCAAAGAACCAGCUUGCUAAGUCCCUAGCUAUGCUCAAGCUCGUCCCUGUGCAGAACAGAGUGACUCUCGAGUCUGUGUCCCAAGGUCUCAACGAUCUCAUCCGAGAGAUGAAGAGCGUCACGGCAUGUGUAGUGGAACUUAGCGAGUUACCUGAUCGGUACAUUACACCAGACGUUCCUCAGUUGUCGAAAAUCCUCUCUACAAUCCCAAUUGCUGUGUACUGGACCAUAAGAAGCGUCGUGGCUUGUAUUUCUCAGAUCAACAUGAUCACUGCCAUGGGACACGAGAUGAUGAACACUCAAAUGGACUUAUGGGAAACAUCGAUGUUAGCUAACAAGCUUAAGAACAUUCACGAUCAUCUCUCUGAGACCUUGAGGCUUUGUUACCGUCACAUAGAGAAGCAGAGGAGCUCAGAGUCCUUAAAAGUGUUGCAUUCUCUAUUCGACACCACUCACAUUGAUAACAUGAAGAUUCUCACGGCCUUGAUUCACCCCAAAUCCCACAUCACUCCAUUGCAAGAUGGGAUGACCAAGAGAAAGGUACACUUGGAUGUGUUGAGGAGGAAGACAGUGUUGCUGCUCAUCUCUGAUCUCAACAUACUACUAGACGAGCUAUCGAUUUUCGAGCAAAUCUACACAGAGUCAAGGAGGAACUUGGUCGGAGUCGACGGUAAGAGUCAUAUGCCGUACGAGGUUGUCUGGGUCCCAAUCGUCGAUCCUAUCGAAGAUUAUGAAAGGUCUCCCAACCUGCAGAAGAAAUUUGAGGCUCUCCGACAAGAUAUGCCAUGGUACACAGUGGAUAGCCCACAGCUGAUAGAGAGACACGUGGUGGAGUUUGUGAGAGGGAGAUGGCAUUUCAUGAACAAGCCGAUACUUGUGGUGAUUGAUCCACAAGGCAAUGAGGCUAGUCUCAAUGCGCUUCACAUGAUCUGGAUUUGGGGAACUGAAGCUUUCCCUUUCACCAAGUCUCGUGAGGAAGAGCUAUGGAGGAAAGAGACUUUCUCGCUUAACCUCAUCAUCGAUGGCAUCGACUCUGUUAUUUUCAACUGGAUAAACCCGGAUAAUUACAUUUUCUUGUACGGAGGAGAUGACUUGGACUGGAUAAGGAGAUUCACAAUGGCGGCCAAAGCAACGGCGAAAGAUUCCAACGUGAAGCUGGAGAUGGCUUAUGUCGGAAAACGAAACCAUAGCCACAGGGAACAGAUCAGGCGUAUCGGUGAAGUCAUCAGGUCUGAAAAUCUGAGCCACAGCUGGGCUGAACCCCCCUUGAUGUGGUUCUUCUGGACUAGGCUCGAGAGCAUGUUGUACUCCAAGAUUCAACUCGGUAAAGCCGAUGAUCAUGACGAGGUGAUGCAAGGAAUCAAGAAGAUACUGAGCUACGACAAGCUAGGAGGAUGGGCACUGCUGAGCAAAGGACCUGAAAUAAUAAUGAUCGUUCACGGUGCCAUAGAGAGGACUAUGACAGUUUACGACAGGACCUGGAAAACCCAUGUUCCGACGAAAGGCUACACCAAAGCAAUGUACGACCACCACCACGAUGAGGUCCUCCGGGAAACAGGAAAACCUUGUGGCCACUUUGAUUUCCACAUCACUGCUCGGAGCGGUCGGAUUCCAGAGAAGAUGAAUUGCUUCGAGUGCCAGCGUCCGAUGGAGAAGUACAUGAGCUUCGCUUGUUGUCACGACGAAAAGCUCCACGAAGACGAGAACUAUAACUUCUAAAAAAACGCUGCGAUGAUGAAUGAGCCUCUUCCAGCUUCUUCCUUUUUUUUUCAUAAUCAAAAUACUUUAUCCAUAAUAAUUUCUGAAUUUCAAUGUCACUCUGUAUGAGAAUUAGUCGGUCCAUGUGUGUUGUUUGGCCUUUGUGGACAUGUCCGAUUGAAGUAUUCCUAAUAAUUUUCAAUAAUAAACAAUUUAUUUUCUUAAA